UCCGGCCAUUGUUAGCUGCACUUGCUCGGGCAGCUGUUUGUGGUACACAUGCCACACGAGAGGGAGGCUGUAAACGUCUUGACUAGAUGCUCUGGAGGCCAAUCUUUCAUGCAGACAGCUUGUGAAACUGUCAGCAAAGUAGUUGGGCAGGAUUUUCUCCGUGAAUCAGAAAAGGGCUCCUACCGCUGAUAAAGUCUCAUCCUUUCCGCAUCUGCAAAUAUUGACACCCUCAUUUCAGUGACGACUGAAUGAGCGAGUUUUUUGUGAGAUAAUGGGGAAAGAAAGCACGGUGUUCAUUGGAAACUUGGACCCGCGUGUUGAUGAAAGACUAAUCUACGAAUUGAUGGUCCAAGCAGGGCCCCUUGUUGACGUCAACAUCCCCCGCGACAAGGACAAAGAGAACCGCCACCGCGGAUUCGGUUUCGCCGAGUUUCAGGAUCCUGAGACUGCUCGCUAUGCCAUCGAGCUCUUCUCCAACAACGUCUCGUUCUUCAGCCGGAAGCUGAGGUUCAAUCUCGUGAUCCCGUGCUCCCUUCUCACCGCUUUCCUGCCUGUCCCUUCCUCUCCUUCGAAUCUAAAAGAAGAUUCCAUCGUGCAAGGAUGGAAUCGGGCUAGAGAUGUCUGA